UGAACCUCAAGCACUUUCUACCUUCUACCUUCUUGUUCUCACUCUCAGAUCUGGGCUCUCUCUUUCUUUUCUCCGGCGGCGCCCUUCGACCUUUCUCUCUAUCGAUCUCGACUCAGUCGCUGUUUCAUCUCGGUCGGCCGUCCAUCAAUCAGCGCACUAGGUACUCUAUAUGGGUUUCAUUUUCAAUUUCUUGGUCUAAUGUUAUCGCCAAUUGAUGGCUGUGAUUCAAUGACCAACCUAACCCACCACCUGUUUUAUUUUUCUCUUCUUUUUUUGUUUCUAAAUUACACUCGAUUGAUGUCUCGCCUCAAGCAAGCGGAUUGAUAAUUUUCGUUCAGCUUGAUUCUAACUCAAGUUGAGAUUGCUCCAUGCAAUGGCAACAUCCACUGACACUUCAAGAAUGGAGUUCGAGGUGUUCUUGAGUUUCAGGGACCAGAUACUCGGGACAACUUUACUAGUUGUCUCUAUCAUGACAUGGUCGAGAAAGGAAUCCGCGUCUUCAAAGACAACGAAGAGCUCCAAGUUGGUCAGAAGAUUGGUGGGAACCUUUUGCAAGCCCUUGAUAACACUCAAAUUUAUAUCCCCAUUUUCUCUAAGGGCUUCGUUUCCAGUGUGUGGUGCCUCCGUGAGGUUGCACAUAUGGUAGAUUGUACUUUAAAGUCAGACGGGAAGAAGGAGAUCCUCCCCAUUUUCUUCGACGUGAAACCGGUUGAUGUCAAGCUCAUAACUGAAUUGUACAGUAAUGUUUUGUCUGAGUAUGAGAAGAAGUAUGGCCCCGCUGAGGUGACGUUGUGGAAAGCUGCUCUUCGUGAGGUUGCAACUAGAGCAGGUUGGGAGCGGAAAGGGGAAGAAUACGGGGAGCUUAUAAAAUUGAUUGUUCGAGAAGUUUUGCUUAAGCUGAAGGUGAAGAGCAGAGAUCUUCCCUACCAUCUAGUUGAAGUGGAUGAUCAAAAAGAUAUAGAAAAAUUGUUGGAUGUUGACUUUGAUGGCAUACGUUUUGUUAUUAUCCAUGGGACAGGUGGAAUUGGUAAAUCAACUCUUGCUAAGGUUAUCUUCAAUCGAUUCUUGCCUAAAUUCAAUUACUCUAGUUUCCUUGAAGUUGUCCAACAUCAAGAUCUUUUGGAAGUGCAAAAGAAACUCUUAUCCGACACACUAGGCUUGACCUCUGCUGACGGAAUCCAUGACACCCACGACGGGAUCCAUCGCAUAAGAAAUGGACUCAGUGACAAGAAAGUUCUGGUUGUUGUCGAUAAUGUGGAUGAGAAGAGGCAACUUGAGAGCCUCGCAGGUAGCUGUGAUUGGUUCGGUUCCGGAAGUAGGAUCAUGGUCACAGUUAGGGACAUACGCGUAGUACUAAAUGACGACAAACAAAUGCGACCCGGCAAUUACUUGGCCCACUCAGUAAAUGAGAUGUCUUUGUAUCGAGCAAUUCAGCUUUUUAGUAAACAUGCAUUUAGAAGUGAUACUCCUCCUGAGAAUUGCUACGAUUUCUCGAAAGAAGUCGUUUUAAGCAUAGGAAGGCUUCCUUUGACUCUGGAAGUCGUGGGUUCUCUUUUUGCAGGAAUGAACAGACCAAAGUGGGACAAGACAUUGGAUGACUUAAAGCAAGGCCCGCCUAAUAAUGUUCGAGAAUCACUGAUGAUAAGCAUCAACAAAUUGAACACCAUAGAAAAAGCCAUAUUCCUAGACAUAGCAUGUUUUUGCAUUGGGGAGGAUAAUACUUAUGUGGACUACAUGUGGCGUAGUAGCAACCAUUCUCCACGCAGUGCGAUUGAUGUUCUUCUCCUCAUGUCGUUAAUAAAGAUCGAUGGGCACAAUUGUUUUUGGAUGCAUGAUGAAGUUCGAGAUCUAGGAAGGUACAUCGUCAAGGAGGAGAAUUUCGAAGAUGCUGGAAAGCGCCGUUGGAUGUGGAUUGAUGAAAAUACUCUAGAUAUACUGAGGAGCGACGAGGAAAAAGGAGCUGUACGUGCUCUUAGUUUGGGUAUUAGUCAUGACUUAACAUCUAAAGAAAUAGCAUAUUUGCCAAAAUUGAGAUUCCUUGGAGGGCAAGGAUUGAAUUUCGUAGGCGACUUCAAAAAUGUUCGUCCUAAUCUGAGAUGGCUUUCUUGGCAUGAUUGCUCGUGGGAAUUUUCAGCAACAAAUCUUUACCUGGAGAAUUUGGUUGUGCUCGACCUUUCAGGGAGUAACAUCACCUAUGACUGGGGUGGAUGGAGGCAAAUCAAGGAGCUUCCGGAUUCUAUUGGGGAAAUAGAAUCAUUGGUCAAAUUGGAUUUAAGACUCUUGAAGAUUUUUGUUCUCCCUGAUUCCAUUGGAAGGUUAAAGAAUCUCAAGCAUUUGUUUUUAUCUGAUUGCAAGAAUAUGCUGCAGCUUCCAGAAUCUAUCGGGGAACUAGAAUCAUUGGUGAAGUUGGAUUUAGAAUCCUCGGGGAUCUCCGUUCUCCCUUAUUCCAUUGGAAAGUUAAAGAAUCUCAACCAUUUGCUUUUAUCUUAUUGCAAGAAUAUGUUGCUACUUCCGGAAUCUAUCGGGGAGCUAGAAUCAUUGGUGAAGUUGGAUUUAGAAUCCUCAGGGAUCUCUGUUCUCCCUUAUUCCAUUGGAAAGUUAAAGAAUCUCAACCGUUUACUUUUAUCUAAUUGCAAGAAUAUGCUGCAACUUCUGGAAUCUAUUGGGGAGCUAGAAUCAUUGCUUCCGGAAUCUAUUGAGGAGCUAGAAUCAUUGGUGGAGUUGGAUUUAAAUUACUCGGGGAUUUCCGUUCUCCCUUAUUCCAUUGGAAAGUUCAAGAAUCUCAACCGUUUGUUUUUAUCUAAUUGCAAGAAUAUAUUGCAACUUCCGGAAUCUAUAGGGGAGCUAGAAUCAUUGGUGGAGUUGAAUUUAAGUUGCUCGGGGAUCUUUGUUCUCCCUGAUUCUAUUGGAGCAUUAAAGAAUCUUAACCGUUUGCUUUUAUCGAGAUGUAAAAAUCUACAUAAGCUUCCAGACUCUAUCGGGAAGCUAGAAUCAAUGGUCGAGUUGGAUUUAACAUUCUCGGGGAUCUCCGUUCUCCCUAAUUCCAUUGGAAAGUUAAAGAAUCUCAAGACAUUUAUUUGA